CAAACUGAAGAGAGGAAGAGAGGAAGAGGAAGAGGAAGAGGAAGAGGAAAAGGAAGAGGAGGAGGAGGAGGCGGAGUUUGGGAAGUGGGUCCAUUAAUGGGGUUCCUCUUAUUCUUCGGCAGAAGUGCUUUUCUUCUUCCCGUACUCUUUUGCGUCUCUCUGUUUCUUUCAACUGCUCACGUUGCUGCUCUCCAAGGUGUCAAAUUGAAAAAUCAGAUACUGAAUGUGACUCCAAUUAAAUUUGUGACAGACCCUUUGUCAAAAGACGAUGUAUUAUGUGAACGCAUACUAAUCACCGGUCUAUCACGAUGGAGACUUAGCAGUUAUUCUAGUGCAUAUCGAGUUAGUUGGGCCCCAUCAGCAGUAACCCCAGAUAGAUUGCAGGGAAAGUUACAGAUAUGCUUUCACAAGAAUUCUUCUCUUGGCUUGUGCCAGUGUGAACAUGAUGCGUGGAAGAAUUUACAGAAAGGGCCAUGGAACUCUGUCAUGUCCCCUUAUGAGGAUAGAAUUCUUGAUGUGAAGCUUGUUGGUGGUUUUUCUGGUUCUGUUACUGUAACUAUUGAAGAAGAUUUACAAAGAUGGCGUCUGCUGUUUCUUGCAUUUGGUAUAAUGCUGCUGCUCGUGGCACCUAUUGUAAGUAGUUGGGUUCCAUUUUACUACAGCAGUUCAAUGGCUAUUGGAGUUUGUCUUGUCAUCAUUGUUCUUCUAUUCCAGGGGAUGAAGUUGCUGCCAACUGGAAGGAAAAAUAUAUUCUACCUGACUAUCUAUGGAUCAGUGCUUGGAGCAGGAUCAGUUUUGGUGCAUCAAUUCUCUAUGCUGAUAAAUUCCAUCGUCUCAAACUUUGGGCUAAGUGAAGAGUUCCACAAUCCUGUCGCUGUAUUUAUUCUUGUCGGAAUCAUCCUUGCUGGAGCUGGUCUAGGAUAUUGGUUGGUGCGGAAAUUUGUUAUAUCAGAUGAUGGUAAUGUGGAUGUUGGUGUCGCGCAAUUUGUUAAAUGGGCCAUACGCAUCAUUGGCAUUACCUUCAUCUUCCAGAGCACACUUGAUUCUCCUUUAGCGAUCUUGGUGCUCAGUUCUUGGUGGCUUAUUUGCUUUGCUGUUACUUCUAUGCAGCGGCAUGCGUCAAGGGAUUUGUCAUAUUCUGGAAUCGGAGAUGUUUGGGCAAAGAGUAGUAAGCAGAUAAACAUGAAUAGAAAACGUGCUGAGUUCUUUAGCAAAUCCAGAAAGUUUGGUUCGGUUGGAGUUCCAUACAGUAGCCCGAGCUCAUCUGCAUGGUCUGAUUCUCCUGUCAAAGGUUUUUCAGAUGGCAAGGGUAAAAAAGUGGACGAAUACUAUUCAACUUUUCACAAGACACCUAACAGAAAGAGAUUCUCGCCAAAGGAGUGGGAAGAUUUCACGCAAGAGUCUACCAAGGAAGCUGUAGCUGAAUUAGCUUCGUCUCCUGAAUUCACUGACUGGAUCAUCAAACAUGCUGAUAGAAUACAGCUUCUACAAGAGGAGAGUUCGGAUGAAUCAGUUGGAAGCGGGUCAGACUCAACAGAUGAUAAUGAUGCAGAGAGUUGUAGUGGGCUUGGCUUGUUUAAGUGGCGGCAUUGCUAGUUGCAACUUCCCCUUAUUCUGAUCAUGUGAGGCUUCACCUUUAAACCUUGAUGGGAGUUCUACUCUCUUCCAAUUAGCUCCAAGCUUUUACCAUUCAAUUUUCUCCUAAGCUUAGCUAACAAGAUUAACUAUAGGUAUCAGUAGCUAGUAACAGUGGUUGGAGCUGCAUGCCAGAUUUAGGAACUAGCAUUGAGAACAAUACUGGUAGAGUUCAAUGUGUGUCUAUGAGAACUGUACAUAUUUAUUAUUCAAGUUCAUCAAUGUUCUUUUGUAUUUUAGUGUUUCAUCUUCAAGAUA